AUGGAUUGUCUUUAUUUACUUGAUCAUUUGAAUCAACUUCAUACAUUGGAUGUCACGAUUUAUCCUCGCCAUUGUCCUGAUUGGUCAUUAGUCGUCAAUAACAAUAAAGUACCUAACUUAAAAUAUUUUUCAUUAAUUCAUGAAGAUGAUUUGGGGAAGUAUAAGGAAUUUCUUAUUCCACUUUUACAAAAAAUGUCAAAUUUAGAAGAACUUAAUUUGUGUUUUUUCGCUCCUCUUGUACCAAUAAUUGAUGGUAAUGAUUUAAGGGGACCCCCCCCCCCUCAGAAACGAUUUUCCACUUUUGACGGUCUUUUCAUGCUGAAAUUUUCAGGGAUGACUGAUCUUGGUGAGAUAUACUUCUGGUAAAAAUUUCAGCUCGAUUGGUCAUACUAGACAAGAUUUCCAGCUGAUUCAUGAGUCAUUUUUGGCCUUCAGGAGAAUUGGUAUAACUGCGUCAUGAGAAGAGGUAGAGAGCUCGGGCUAGUUUCAAAUUAAAAUACAUGUCAGUAUGCAACUUUUGUCCGAACAGAAUUUUGAUAUUCCGUCCUAUUUGUUUUUUAUGAGCAUUUUAGUGCGAGGGUCUCAAAAUUAGCAUAAAAAAUGGUAGUCCAACGACAGUAAAUUCUACUUUUCUCAGCCCAGGAACCAACUUUCAAAAAUCCGUUCGGACAAAAGUUUACUCUGAUCAAGACCUUUAAAACAAAAAACAAAUAUUGAUAAUAGCUCGAAAAAUGAGGGAGGAGUUCCAAUUUUUCUGAUUGGAAAUCAUGUUCUGAGAAAAACAUUAAAAAAGUUUUAGAAGUGGUUUUUUUCGGUCAAAUUCAAAAAACUCAUAUUAAAAUGGCAUAUUUUCUAAAACUAUUUUAAGGCGCGUAAAAGAUGCAGUAAAACUAACGCCAUCUGACAUGCGGGUUAAUAUCAAAAUGUUUUAUUCAAUGAUAAUUGAAGUAAUAACGGAGUUUUUCCAAAACAGAAAAACUUUAAAAAACCACGAAAAUUAUGGUAAGGAAGUUAAAGUCUGAUUUGACAAGUCUUUGAAAAACGGAUCAUUUUCCAAAAAUCUAUAUAUAUUCUGAAAGAGGAAGCUUCGCUCUAUCUUCCUGUGGUAAAAACUCAAUUUCGAUAUUGUUUGGAAAAAAUCGAUUUUCUGAGGGGGGGGGG